CCCGAGAAAACCCCCCCAAAAACUGAAUUGACAGGGUAAGCUUCUAUUUAGCGCACGAGGUGGAUGUUUUCUUUGGGAUAAGCUCGAGUUCGAGACACCUCCGUUCGGGCUUACCUGUGUCUGACUUUGGUGAGUUGGGAGACGGCUGAAGAGGAAAGAGCUCUGGGGGCUCCUGUCCAGACGGAAACAUGCCUCCUUCUUCCGAGAUCAAUUAUUCACAUGCAUGAGGUUCCCUGUGUGUCAGACUCCGGACGAGGCGGGCUGCGGCGGCUCGGCUCCAGACUGUGGAACGGUGUGCCGUGAGACUGGAGCUGAGGGAGCAGAAGCAAGGAGGACACGAGACAAAGGGAACACCGACAGCCAAAGGGUCACGGCGGCAGGGAGUCAUUUAAGGACCGUUUCCUUCUCCGUCUGGGGAGAAAUGAAGGCUCUGCAGAAGAAUCAGGCACGCACUGACCAGAUGUUGGGAGCCAUGGCUGAUGUGCUUACUUCCGUGGCCAUGCCCAAUCAACAGUGGCACUCAGAGGGGGUUGAGGCUGACCUCCCAUCAAGCGAGGAGGAGAAGGGGCCUAUGCGGGGCCACUGGGAGCCAGCGGGCCUGGAGUGGGAGCAGCAGGCCACCACUGAAGAAAAGCCAAAGCAAAGAGAAAGAACAGACUCCUACUCAGCAGCAGGCAGUGAGGGCAGCAUCUCCACCUCGGUGGCGUCACUACCCCCACAGGCAUCAGGCAGCUCGGCUCCGAGCUCCCCGGGCUCCAGGCGCUCUGUGAGCACGCUGAAGAAGUGGCUCACCAACCCCGUCCGCAAACUCAGCGUCGGGGCCAAAGCGGAGCGCGAGGUCCGCAAGCUGGAAGGGAAGCCUCCGCCUCCCCCGUCCCACAGCCACAGCCAGGAUCUGGGCAGCCCCCCGAGACUUGAUGAGACUUUCAUCAUCCUGCCUGUCACUCACAGAGAACUAGAGUGGAAAGAUGGCCUGGCAAGCCCAGAAGACCUGUCCCCGGCUACACUGCAGUCCCCCAGCUACAUUACUGACUCGCUGGUUGGCUGCACGUCACUGCCGAACCACCAGGACACUCAGUCCACCAGUGUUUUGCCAGAUGACAGCAGCUCUGUCUUGAUGGACGACACCUCCAGCCAAUGGUCAGCUGCGGCUGACACUGAAGAGGAGAGGAGGAGUGCCUUAGAGAAAAGCAUGUACGUACUGAAGGAGCUUAUAGAGACAGAGAAGCACUAUGUGGUGGACUUAGGGCUCAUAGUGGAGGGCUACAUGUCCACAAUGCACUCCAAAGGUAUACCGGAGGACAUGAAGGGAAAAGACAAGAUUGUUUUUGGGAACAUUCACCAGAUAUUUGACUGGCAUAAAGACUACUUUUUUGGAGAGGUGGAGAAGUGUAUAGCAGAGCCUGAGAGGCUGGCUCAGCUCUUCAUUAAACAUGAGAGGCGUCUGCAUAUGUAUGUUGUGUACUGUCAGAACAAGCCCAAGUCGGAACAUAUCGUAUCGGAAUAUAUUGAGACUUACUUUGAGGAGUUGCGCCAGCAGCUGGGUCACAGGCUGCAGCUCAAUGACCUGCUGAUCAAACCUGUGCAGAGGAUCAUGAAGUACCAGCUGCUGCUCAAGGACUUCCUGAAGUAUUACACCAAAGCUGGGAUGGACACAGAGGAGCUGGAGAAAGCAGUAGAAGUGAUGUGCUUUGUGCCAAAGCGUUGCAAUGACAUGAUGAAUGUGGGCAGACUACAAGGCUUCGAGGGGAAGAUCACAGCCCAGGGCAAACUGCUCCAGCAAGACACCUUCACUGUGACCGAGCAGGACAGCGGCUUCUUGUCCCGAGCCAAGGAGAGGCGGAUCUUCCUGUUCGAACAGCUGGUCAUCUUCAGUGAGCCGAUAGACAGGAAGAAGGGUUUCUCACUCCCCGGAUACAUCUUUAAGAACAGCAUCAAGGUGAGCUGUCUGGGGGUGGAGCCCAGUGCGGACGGUGACGACGCCCGCUUUGUGCUGACGGCGCGCAACCCCGACGCGAGUGUGGUGCGCUUCCUGUUGCAGGCCUCCUCCCCCGAGAUCUGCAGGGCCUGGUUCAAUGAUGUGGUUCAGAUCUUGGAAAGCCAGCGCAACUUCCUCAACGCCUUACAGUCACCCAUUGAGUACCAGCGACGAGAGAGCAAGUCGAAUAGCCUGGGCCGCAGCAUGAGGCCUCCUCUGUCCGCUGCCAGCGCCCUACGGCCGCACUCCUCCGCCUCCAUUGACCGGCACAAGCUGCCCUCCCUCCACUCUCACAACACCUCCCUGCCCACACUCUACCUGCCCAGCCAAGGCCAGGGCCAAGUGGCCAGCGAGGCAUUCUCCCCGCGGGAACCAUGCCACGCUGUUUCUCCGUCGCAUGUCCAACUGGGAUUCACCGAUCAACCGAACGGUCCGGCUGUGUCAAACGGGCUGAACACACCUGCCACACAAAUUGCACAGCAGAGAGCAGGAGAGGGCUGCCGAAGGGGUCAGGUCGCUGAUUGCGGGAGUCAGCCUUCACUCUCGGGCCCCUUAGCUGGACGACGCCCCAGCAUUCUGGCACAGCUGGCCGAGGACGACCUUUGAACUGCCGACUGUCUCCAGGGUCAGGAGGGUAGCAGCUAACGCCACAGCUGUGGAGGCAAGAAAAGUUGCUGAACCCUUACCUGGUUCAGUGAUUAUUUCUGGAGGAUACUUAGGGAACAUAUGAAGGAAUUAUGGGCUGUAACUAUAAAUAGAUUUUGCUCCUGUUUUUUUUCGAGAGCCAUUCUAAAAGAGGGGACCAACCUUGGCCACCUCGAAUGUACAUGAACAGCACCCAGUGAGAUGUUUCUGGGUUCAGAGUGAAAAAACUCAAAGGACGCAACAGCGCUUUUAGAAAAAAGUCUUUUUGAGAGUGUGUUCGCCAUACUCUUCUCUCUUUUAAAGGGCAAGGGGAAUUUGUUGAAGAAAUAUCCAUUCCUAAUUGGGGCGGUCACUGGAGUUACUUGUGUGACUGACUGUAUCUUUGUGCAAAGAUGGGUAAAUGUUUGAGUGCAUGAGAGUGUGAAAGUAGUGGCCGUGGCACCUCCUGUAUCCUCUGAUAGAUCUCCUUAAUCAAGUUGUUGUUUUUUUUUC